CAUUAUUGGAGGCUAUUACUAUUAUUGCUAUUGCUUUGACCUCUAUAUAAGAGAGAUCAAGUCAAUCAACAAUGGCACAUCUAUCAGUACUCUCCUCACAAAACCAACUCACAUAUACUCAAAAUACACAUCAAAACAUGGAUUAUUUGUUGAGCUAUAUUAAGUGGGCACUACCAUUAUUUCCAAUCAUAAUCUUUUUCUUAAUUUCAUUUGCAAAAACCAAAUCAUAUGAUAAAAAUUUACCUCCCGGACCUACAUCUUUACCCAUCUUUGGAAACCUCUUGAAUAUGUUACCUUACAUAACCAAACCUCACAAGUACUUUGCCGAGCUUGCUAAGACUCAUGGCCCUAUCAUGAGCCUUCAAAUAGGCUCCAUCACUACCAUUGUCGUUUCGAGUUCCAUGCUUGCCAAACAAGUCCUCCUAAAAAACCAUGACAUUUUCUCCACCCUCUAUGGCCUUGAUGCUUUUCGAGCUCACGAUCAUGAUAAGUUCUCCAUUGGCUCAUUAUUGGCCUCUUCACCCUUGUGGAAGGUCCUUAGGAAAAUUUUCAAUACUCGGCUAUUGAGUAACAAGUUGAUCGAAUCAAUGCAAACUCAUAGGCACCGGAAGUUGGAGGACUUGUUAUGUUAUGUGAAGGAAUGCUCGCAAUCUAACAUCUCACUUGAUGUUGGACAAGCGGUUUAUGAUACUUCUUUCGAUAUGGUAUCUAGCACUGUCUUCUCCAUGGAUUCGAGUAAUGAUGCAAGAAUAAAAGAGGUUAAAGCUUUGAUGGAUUGUAUCAUAAAAGAUAUAGGAAGACCUAACAUAGUUGAUUGUUAUCCUUUUCUCAAAAUGAUUGAUCCACAACGUAUAAGACAUCGUUUAACAAGUUAUUGUGUCAAAUUGUUUAAGUUAUUUGAUGAAAUUAUAGAUAUGAGAUUGAAGUCUAGGAAAGAGCAAGUGCACGAUUCGGAGUCAUUGAACAAUGAUUUGUUGGACGUGAUGUUAGAUGUUAUGGAAGAACAAAGUCACGAAAUCAACCGAGAUCACCUCAACCAUAUGCUAUUAGAUUACCUUGGACCAGGAAUGGAUACAACUUCGAAAACAAUGGAGUGGACAAUGGCAGAGUUACUUCAAAAUCCUAUCAUUCUAUGCAAGUUGCAAGAAGAAUUAGAUAGAGUGAUGGGAAAAUACAAUACAAAAAUAAUCUUGGAUUCUCACUUCUCCGAACUUCCAUACCUACAAGCAAUAGUUAAAGAAGCACUAAGACUUCAUCCAACAGCUCCAUUAUUACUCCCACGCAGAGUAGUGAAAGACGUAGAAAUUGAUGGCUUUCAACUCCCUAAGGGUGCAAUGCUUAUGGUUAACGCAUGGUCUAUUGGGCGCGACCCACAAAUUUGGACCAACCCGGAUUCAUUUAUUCCAGAGAGAUUUUUAGGGUCGGAAAAUGAUGUAACGAGCCAAUUUAAUCAAUUGUUUACAUUUGGUGCGGGAAAGAAGAUUUGCCCUGGGAUGAACUUGGCCAUACGUAUGAUUUCAUUGAUGUUGGGUAACUUGAUUAGUUCGUUUAAUUGGAAACUUGAAGAAAUUGGGGACAUUCAACAAGUUUUGGACUUGGAUGACAUAUAUGGCAUCACCAUAAAGAAGGCCAAGUCGUUACGUGCAUUUCCCAUUAAUCGUUUGCAUUGA